GGCCGGGCGCUCGCAGGGGGAGCUACUGCAGGCUCCGCGGCGGCGGCGGCAACGGAGGCUGCGGGGGCGGCGGUGCGAGCGGCCGGGCUUGGUUGGGGAGCCGAGCCCGGCCCAGGAACCCGAGCAGCGAGAGUGCGGGGUACCUAGGCCCCUCACGCUGGACUUCACAGUCUCCGGGCCGCCUGACCUCCGCACGGGUAUAUGGGAUGGAAGCGGGACCCUCGGGAGCAGAAACUAUCAGGGCUGUCUUUAGAGCCAAGAUCUAAACCCUACAAACAAGUUGGAAUCUGGAGGAGUUUAUAGCCUUCACACUGCUGCGGGCGCUUACCUGCCCCCCCUGCAGCAGGUGUUCCAGGCACCUCGACGGCCUGGCAUUGGCACUGUGGGGAAACCAAUCAAGCUACUGGCCAAUUACUUUGAGGUGGACAUCCCUAAAAUCGACGUGUACCACUACGAGGUGGACAUCAAGCCGGAUAAGUGUCCCCGUAGAGUCAACCGGGAAGUGGUGGAAUACAUGGUCCAGCAUUUCAAGCCUCAGAUCUUUGGUGAUCGCAAGCCUGUGUAUGACGGAAAGAAGAACAUUUACACUGUCACAGCACUGCCCAUUGGCAACGAACGGGUCGACUUUGAGGUGACAAUUCCUGGGGAAGGGAAGGAUCGAAUCUUUAAGGUCUCCAUCAAAUGGCUAGCCAUUGUGAGCUGGCGAAUGCUGCAUGAAGCCCUGGUCAGUGGCCAGAUCCCUGUUCCCUUGGAGUCUGUGCAAGCCCUGGAUGUGGCCAUGAGGCACCUGGCAUCCAUGAGGUACACCCCUGUGGGCCGCUCCUUCUUCUCACCGCCUGAGGGCUACUACCACCCGCUGGGGGGUGGGCGCGAGGUCUGGUUCGGCUUUCACCAGUCUGUGCGCCCUGCCAUGUGGAAGAUGAUGCUCAACAUUGAUGUCUCAGCCACUGCCUUCUAUAAGGCACAGCCAGUGAUUGAGUUCAUGUGUGAGGUGCUGGACAUCAGGAACAUAGAUGAGCAGCCCAAGCCCCUCACGGACUCUCAGCGUGUUCGCUUCACCAAGGAGAUCAAGGGCCUGAAGGUGGAAGUGACCCACUGUGGACAGAUGAAGAGGAAAUACCGUGUGUGUAACGUUACCCGUCGCCCUGCUAGCCAUCAGACAUUCCCCUUACAGCUGGAGAGUGGACAGACUGUGGAGUGCACAGUGGCACAGUAUUUCAAGCAGAAAUAUAACCUGCAGCUCAAGUAUCCCCAUCUGCCCUGCCUACAAGUUGGCCAGGAACAAAAGCAUACCUACCUUCCCCUAGAGGUCUGUAACAUUGUGGCUGGGCAGCGCUGUAUUAAAAAGCUGACUGACAACCAGACCUCGACCAUGAUAAAGGCCACAGCUAGAUCCGCUCCAGACAGACAGGAGGAGAUCAGUCGCCUGAUGAAGAAUGCCAGCUACAACUUAGAUCCCUACAUCCAGGAAUUUGGGAUCAAAGUGAAGGAUGACAUGACGGAGGUGACGGGGCGAGUGCUGCCGGCGCCCAUCUUGCAGUACGGCGGCCGGGUGAGCAGGAACCGGGCCAUUGCCACACCCAAUCAGGGUGUCUGGGACAUGCGGGGGAAACAGUUCUACAAUGGGAUUGAGAUCAAAGUCUGGGCCAUCGCCUGCUUCGCACCCCAAAAACAGUGUCGAGAAGAGGUGCUCAAGAACUUCACAGACCAGCUGCGGAAGAUUUCCAAGGAUGCGGGGAUGCCUAUCCAGGGUCAGCCUUGUUUCUGCAAAUAUGCACAGGGGGCAGACAGCGUGGAGCCUAUGUUCCGGCAUCUCAAGAACACCUACUCAGGGCUGCAGCUCAUUAUCGUCAUCCUGCCAGGGAAGACGCCAGUGUAUGCUGAGGUGAAACGUGUUGGAGAUACGCUCUUGGGAAUGGCUACCCAGUGUGUGCAGGUGAAGAACGUGGUCAAGACCUCACCUCAGACUCUGUCCAACCUCUGCCUCAAGAUCAAUGUCAAACUUGGUGGCAUUAACAACAUCCUAGUCCCACACCAGCGCUCUGCCGUUUUUCAACAGCCAGUGAUAUUCCUGGGAGCAGAUGUUACACAUCCCCCAGCAGGGGAUGGGAAAAAGCCUUCUAUCACAGCAGUGGUAGGCAGUAUGGAUGCCCACCCCAGCCGAUACUGUGCUACUGUGCGGGUGCAGCGACCACGGCAAGAGAUUAUUGAAGACUUGUCCUACAUGGUGCGUGAGCUCCUCAUCCAAUUCUACAAGUCCACCCGCUUCAAGCCUACCCGCAUCAUCUUCUACCGGGAUGGGGUCCCCGAAGGCCAGCUACCCCAGAUACUCCACUAUGAGCUACUGGCCAUUCGUGAUGCCUGCAUCAAACUGGAAAAGGACUAUCAGCCUGGGAUCACUUAUAUUGUGGUGCAGAAACGCCAUCACACCCGCCUUUUUUGUGCUGACAAGAAUGAGCGAAUUGGGAAGAGUGGUAACAUUCCAGCUGGGACCACAGUGGACACCAACAUCACCCACCCAUUUGAGUUUGACUUCUAUCUGUGCAGCCACGCAGGCAUCCAGGGCACCAGCCGACCAUCCCAUUACUAUGUCCUUUGGGAUGACAACCGUUUCACAGCAGAUGAGCUCCAGAUCCUGACAUACCAGCUGUGCCACACUUAUGUACGAUGCACACGCUCUGUCUCUAUCCCAGCACCUGCCUACUAUGCCCGACUGGUGGCUUUCCGGGCACGAUACCACCUGGUGGACAAGGAGCAUGACAGUGGAGAGGGGAGCCACAUAUCGGGGCAGAGCAAUGGGCGGGACCCCCAGGCUCUGGCCAAAGCCGUGCAGGUUCACCAGGAUACUCUGCGCACCAUGUACUUCGCUUGAAGGCAGAACGCUGUUACCUCACUGGAUAGAAGAAAGCUUUCCAAGCCCCAGGAACUGUGCCACCCAAAUCCAGAGGAAGCAAGGAGGAGGGAGGUGGGUGGGGUAGGGAAGAGUGUAGGAGGCCUUGUUUCCCUCUAUAGAGGUGGUGUAAGAGUGGGGAACAGGGCCAGCAAGACAGACCACCAGCCAGAAAUCUCUGAUAUCAACCUCAUGUCCCCCACCCCUCACCCCAUCUUGUCACAUCUGGCCCUGACCCCACUGGACCAAAAGGGGCAGCACUGGUGCCCACCAUACACACAGGUGUCUCAUGUGACUCACAGUGCUAAAGACUCAUGCUUGACAGCUUGGUAAGGUCGACUCUGUAGCCCUGCAGACAAAAGCUGGUUAGGUUUGGGUUUGAUACUUUAGAUGGGAAAGUGAGGGGCUUGAGAAAGUGGGUGGGAGGAGGGAAGGAUUUUUUAGGAGCCUUAAUCAGAAAAGGACUAGAUUUGUUUAAGAAGAAAAAUGAAACCAGACCCAGAUCAAUAUUUUAGGAUACUAGAUGUUUUAAUGGGUUCAGAAUCCAGUUUGUAGGAAGAUUUUUUAAUGGUUUUGGUUGCUCCUCCCCCAGCUGCCACUCCCUUUCCCCUUAUUCCUUUCUGUCCACAUUUUCUACCCCACCUUACUUCUCCUCCCUGACAGACAUCCAAUGCCCCUAAUAAUACUUAAGGCACUAUGGCACUUAGCUUUGAAGUGACACGACCCUGUCUUCCUUCCGCCCGCUGGUGGGUAACCAGUGCCUUCCCUGUAACGGUAAUGCUGCAGAACUGCAACCUUUUGUACCUUUCUUUGGGGAAUGGGGUGGGGGUGGGAGAGGAGGUAGAUGGGGAAGAAAUACCCCAGACCCAACAAACCUCCAGCCAGAAAGCCAGCUAUUUUGCAUUUGAAGGAAUUGACUUCCUCAUUCAUUGAGCUUUUUAAAAGAUCACAACCUCAAGAUGGUUAAAAUCCAUUGACAUUUGCACUUUCAAACAUGACAAGUCUCGGAGCUGCUGAGAUGACUGGCCCCUGGCCUUUCCACUUAUGCCUCCUUUUCUCCUUGUUCCUCCUACCUCCCACCCCGCCCAGGUCUGGAGUUACUUUCAUAGCAUUUUUCACUGUUGGCUUUUUUUCUCCCCUGAUGGUCAAGUAUCUUAUGUUUCAAUAUUUCUUAACUGGGGUGUCUUAUAACAAAAAACUCUUAGGUCUAAAAUGAGAAAAAAGAGAGAAAACAAAAUGUUAUUUUUAUACCAUAACUUGAGUCUAUUGCCAAAAUUUGGAAAUCCUUCCCAUGCCUGAUGAAUUUAUAUCCCGGAAACAUUGAGCCAUCAGAAGGAACUGUGUACCUGAUUUGUCCUCUGACCUGGCUAGGUAGGGGGUGGUUAUUGCCCCAAGAUGGGGUCCAGGCUCCAUCCUUCCUCUGUGCAGAUAAUACCUUUUUCUUGCUAUAGCCUCCCUCCUCUGCACUGUCUUGCACUCUUACUUGCAAGUGCAUCUUUUUCCUUCCUCUGGACUGUCCUCUGACCUUUUGGCCCAUCCUAGAUUCCAGUGUGUCUUGUGGACAGGCUGGGGAAUUUUGCUGCUCCCUAUUGCUUCUGUUUACACAAAUGAAUUUUUCCUGGUUCCCCACUAGGGCAUGUGAGUGAGUGGCAUGGGCUUUUUUGUUUGUUUGUUUUUGUUUUUUGUCUUCAGACAUGGGGUUUGGCUGUCUUGCAGGACUGGAGAAGAAGGUGGUUCUAGCUUGGUCUCUGCUGGCCUUGAAGCAAGCCCCCUCUCCCCGCCUUUUUCCUUGACUGUUCAUUUUUUUUCCUGCCCCACUGCUUGGGAUGGGGAGUUGCACCUUCAGUGUGGAAUUUCCUCUGUUUGAGGAGGCUGGGCUUGGAUCUAUCUUGAUCUGGCGAUGAAGCCAUGAUUACUUUAGACCUAGCCCAGGCUUGGAGGCCAGCUGGAGGAAGGAGGAUCUAAAUCCUGGCCUAUAGAGUUAGAACUACCGUUUCCUCUCCUCAGCGGCCCUGCUAUGACCCGGAUUUGCUAUGCAAAACAAUCUAUCCCAGGUUCUGUUCUGGUUGGCUACAUUGUUCAGCAACUCAAAAAACGUAGCACAAACAUUCAUUAUGGAGAAAGCAUCAGGACUGUUGAGUAACUCCUCCUUUACUUUUUUCCUGCUGGCUACAGCAUGGGGUGCCCUAUGGGCACAAGCCCAGCUGAAGAACAGAAUGGAGGGCUCUGGGAGGAGACAACUCACUGGAGAGCCUACAUUCCUUACACAAGUGCCUAAAGAGAGUGAUGCUAACACUCCAUCUGCCCUGUCCAUUGCCUUCAUAUAUAGUCUACUUCGUGUUCUGUCACCCUUUGAAGAGGGGAGCUCUCCUGGGACAAUGGGCUCUGCAUGUUCUCUUCUUGGGUACAUUUUGGGGCUAGGAUCAGGGCACUAUUCCUGGAGGGUCCAGCCAUUCACCAGCAUUUGCAAAUGUCCAUAGGGAGCAGGUAGCAGCCUCUACUCCCAGCAACAAGUUUGUGUUCUCUCCUUUUCUCUCUUUGCCUCACUCUCUCCAGUUGGUUUCCAGCUGGGGCUUGAAAUGCAUGUUUAGCCCUUUGGCAUUGAAUAUGCCAUUCAAGAAAUAAAAAGCAAGAGAAGCAGCUAUGGGCAAUGACAAGAAAAUGACUUCUUACUCUGAUUUUUUAAAAAAAAUAAUUUUUGAGACUUGAAAAAUACUCCUGACCUUGAGGAUUAUUCUUGUUUGAAAGGUGGUGCAUGCAGAUGGAGAAGUGGUGUUGGCAGCAAGCUUUGGAUCAUGGAUUUGGUUUAAGUGGUGCUUCUUACCCAGUCUUCAAAGAAGUGCUUGGGGGACCCCCAGCCUCAUCCUCUUAGACAAGUGUCUUGCUCCCUUUGUACCUUCCUCUCUUUUCCUCGCCUCUCUUUCCCCGGCUUCCUUUCCCUUUUUGCUAUUCACUCUGCUUGCUUGCUGGCUGGCCUGCCUGCCUGCCUGCCUGCCUGCCUGCCUGCCUGCCUGCCUACCUAUGUGAUGAUGAAAUCUCUGCAUGGCUGCAAUGACUCCACUGUUAGCUGGCAGGUCAGGCUUAGCUCCUUGACUGCACAAGACCAAGACUCUGUUCCCUAAGCCCAGAGAUAUCCACCUGGGCUGGACUGCCCUCAAGCUUAUGCUAGAGCAGAGCAACUGGCCUGCCCAACUUGUGUGAAAUCAGGAGGUUCUGGCAUUUUCCACACCUGUCCACUCCUUGGAGCUGGUUUCUCUCAUUGCUUUCUCUAGAUCUGGUUCUUUUUCUCUACCUGGGCCUACCUUUUCUGAGAUUGUCUUAGGGUUGAGCUACUUGGGUAUCCUGGGUUUGAGUGUUAGGGGAUGGACAUAAGGGAAAAAGAGAAUGAUGAGAAGAGAAUGGAGAGAAUUUGAAUAAAAGGUGGGAAAGGAGAGCACUGUUCUUUGACUGUUUAUCCACUCCAGCCUGAUCCAUUAGGGAUUGAGGUGCUACCGAAGGCCUCCAGGAAUAAGCCUGGGGCUAUUGUUGCUGGGAACUUAGGCUUAGCACAAAGCUGAAGAAAAAGGUACCUAGAAGUUUGAAACUUGCCCAAAAAGCUCCUAAUGCCCACCUGCUAGAUAGCUUCUCUGUGGCCUCCUAUUUAGCUAAGCAGCAAUGUUCUUGGAUAUUUUUCUUUUUCUGUUCAGAAUUUUGUGAAUAAGGCCAGCAUUCAAGAUGGGCAGCCAAGGGCACACUGACUGUUAGCUGGCCCAUAGGAUAUCUGUAAGGCUGGUGGGACGAUUUUGGACCUGGAAUCAUGUGUAACAAACAAGGAUGGAUGUUUCUUCCCCUUCAGGGUAGAAAAGUCAUCUCAAACUAGCCAAAAGGCAGUUUUGGAAACUACAUUGGGGGAAAUUAUUUUUAUUUAUAUAUGGGGCCUAGGCCAAUCCAGGAUGGUAGCUAGAAUACCUUCCUUCUUAAAAUCUGAUCAUGGCAGGGAUAUGUAGGGCACUUUUUACUAUUUGGCCUUCUAAGCAGAUUGGGAAGGAGGUAUUUUCUGGUUUUCUCUUUCCCCUGACUUACAGGUCUUGCCUUCUCCCUGGACAGGGAGAGAGGCUGGGUUGGUGCUCUCCCCUUACUCUACUCAACCCUCUGGCUGCUGUUUGGGCGUCCAAGAAAGGGAGGGGAAGGAAUGAGCUAAAAACAAAACAGAAUGAGGUGGGAAAGGGAGAUUUCCUUCUCUACAGAGGAAAAUAGGAAACCCUCCAAGAAUUGUGCAAGUAAAGACAGUUUGUCGAAUGCACUGAGUCCCUUGGUAUAGUAGCAAUAAGGAAAAAUGAAAUUACUUCCCUGUGCACACAGUCCAGCCUAAUUGGUAUGUGAUGUUGCACUCAGCAGCCAUGUGGUGGGCAUGUGUGACGACCUAUGGGUUUCACUUUAGUUUCUAAACUUUUUAUCCCUCUCAAGUCCAGCUUGGAUGGGGAAAUGUCUCUGGAUCCCCACAGCUGUGUACUUGUUUGCAUUUGUUUCCCUUUGAGACUGUGUUUGUGUCCUGCUUUGAGCUGUACCUUGUCCAGUCCAUUGUGAAAUUACCCCAGCAGUUGUAAUGUACAGUUCCUUCUGAAGCAAGCAACAGCAGCAGCAGCAGCACAAUUCUGUGUUUUAUAAAGACAACAGUGGCUUCUAUUUCUAAA